AUGUUACCAUUCAAUCUUGCAGUUCUUGAACAAAUUUAUUUGAAGUUUCAUGAAUUUCUGGACUGGUUCGCUGGGAAGGUUCAGAAGCAAGACGAGGAUACAGCUGUUCUCAAGCAGAUCUUCUGGUCCCUCAUGAACCAGAGGUUGUUGUAUGCAGACGAUAGCAAACUCGAUGAGCGAAAUUGUCGAGGCACUAUAAGGAUUUUGGAAACGCCAAACAACAAGUUUUACUGUUGCCAGAUGGGCAAGAUGACUUUGUUUAUCAAUGGUGUUGAAUCUGGACAGAUCCCUAUUUCGUUCCCAUUGAAUCUUUUAAGGAUCGGAACGGCCAGUGAUUCCAGUCCAGACGACUUUUUCUGCGGAUCCAUCCGAGAACUGCAUGUUUUUGACAAGGAAAAGAAUGGAGAGGAGAUUUUUGGAAUGAUCAACAAAGGAAUGAGCUCCGGUAUUGGGCACCUUUUCAGCAUUGAAUUUGGCAACAAAGUUUCAGAUAAAUUGCUGCAAUAUGGAAAGAUGCGAUUGGAAAUUAGUCAUGCAUGUAAGAAACCAAUGAAGCAAAGAAAAUCAGAGCUGGUUCCACUGGAAACGCAUUGGUUGUAUGAGUUCACCAAAGAAAUCAACGCAUUGGCAGUGAGGCAUGCGCUCUUGCUUUUUCGUGGAAAUAAUGAGAGUGAGGAAGAGCAGCUUUGCAACAAAUGGCUCAAUUCUCUUCUCUUCGCGCAGGAUGACGUUUACUUUCAAAUGUUACAACCUAGAAUUGGAGUCAGAUUGUCAACAGAACUGGACAGACUAGAGCGGUCCAUCAUAGUGAACAGCCCAUCGAAUCAAGUCGAAUUGUGUUGUAGAUGCGCAUCCAUUGCAGCCAGAAACAUUCGUCGGCAUGUAAUGCAAACCAAGGAUUUUUACAACCAAUCUGCUUUGAUUGAAGAGAACGACAAUGGAUGGGAUAAAUUCUGUUCUCCUAUUCUAAAGAGUUUCCCAGAAGUCAUCAUUGAGCUCGGACGCCCUGUGUUUGCUUGCAUAUGCACCUAA